CAACAACUACGGGGGCAGAUGAUGGUAGUUGUGCAAGAGGAGCGUCGACAUUAUCUCCCGCACAGCAUGGUCAAUUUCUCAUGUUGAAUGAGGAGACGGGCGACUUGGUUUGGGCACAGCAAGAGCAAGUGUUGCUUGGCGGAAAAAAGUCUUCAGGAGUCGGCCCUUCGACCUCAUCCUCUGGAGCGGUGGCGUCGGCAAGUUCGUUGUUCAUACCUGGAAGUAGAACUGGUUACACCCAGCUUUACAACCAGUCUUUUCACCAGCUCACCAUGUCCCCUGCAAGCCUGGGAAAAAGCGCAACGUGCAGGAUCCACCGGGGCUCACCGGCGAUCGCGAGCGUGGCGCUCGACUUUCUUCAGGAAGAUCGCGUGUUCGUCAGCUGCCGGGACUUUUUCGAGAGCGUUACCAACGUUGGGGGGAGGGCGGCAAGGUAUCUGCCGAACUUACUCGUCGGGUUUGCGCCCUUUUUCGACCAGUAUUUGGCAAAGGUGGCUGCAGUGGUGAGCGGCCGGGGAGACGAGCUUCUGGUGCGAGAGGAGGAGUAUAAAAAUACGGAGAGGCAUGGUGUUGAUGCUCUUAUUUUUCCAUCAGAAUCAGCCGCGGGACUACGAGUCGGCUCAACUCCCGCUCCGGACCACGGGGAUAAGUCGCGUCACAAAGCAGAUGAACUCAUCAAGGGGACACAAAAUAAUGAUAAUCACGCAGGAGCAGCUUUGGCGGAUAAUGACCUUGUUCCCUUUUUAGGAACAGUCAAUGUACCGUCGCCAGGAACAAUUGUGGGACUCGCACCAACACCAGACUUUUGUCCCAUCGCGGUCCAACCCGCAGGACAUGCGUGGCUUGGGACGACCGUAUGCAUUGCAAAAGCAUCCUCGUACUAGUAGCUAGAAAUCGCAUUACAAAUUUCGCCAGCAUGAGAAAUGGAAUUUAUCAUGCUGUUUUGCCUUGGGAUGGAGAUUUGUAAUGCAUCACUGCGAUUGCUACGAGUAUGAUAAUUUUGCACAUGAUAAACCGCGCAAGUCGACAAGUUACGCGAGGUUCUUCUCAGUCUCCUCACGAUGGACCGCGACCUGUUUCCCGGCUUUCUCUCCACGCAGCCCUACAACGAGACGCUGCGCGGGUUGGCGCGGUACCUGGGCCGGGCUUUUCGGCCGGAGGAUAAGUGGCGCUGGAAGCGAGGAAGGCAGAAUCGUGUGGAAAACGAGCCGACACGGAGAAGAAGGAAGCUGUUGCUCCGCACCCG